AUCCAAUAUAGGCUAACCCUAGCCGCCCAUCCGCCCGCCGUGAAGGCGUCGAUCAAGUUCCGGGACGACGACCGACCGCUGCUGCGCGCCAAGGUGCCGAUUGGCGUGCUAGGGCUGCCCUUCCUCUCGGGCCUCGCGGCGGGGGGAGACGCCAAGGACCUCCGUUUUGACCUCUCCACCGCCUUCCCCUCUGUCCCGGCGCUCCGCCUCUCAUACCGCCCCAACGAACCCCUCCAGCCUUUUGCCCUCUCCGUCCGCACGGGGUCCCCUAUCCGCGCCCCAUUCGCCCUCGCCGCCGAAUUCAACCUCACCUCCUCCAACCCGCCCGCCUUCUCGCUCCUCUUCAAGCCCCGGAUCGGGGACUUCGCCGUCGCAAGCUCCGUCCACUCCCCGCCGACACCGCCGCCCACAUCCACUCCGCCCCCGCUAGCGAUCAAGAUGGUCGACCUCACCACCAACAGCGACGACCACGACUGCGAAGCACACGGUAACGACCUCUCCUUCGCCGAGAAUGUAUUCGGGGCGAACGUGGCGGCCGCCACCGGGACGAACGGCGGCGGCGUAGGCGCGCUGCUGUCCGGGAUGCGGCUCACGACCAGGAGCGUGCUGCCACUGUGGAGUAAAGCGAGCAUGUGGUUCCAGUGGGGGCUGCGCGUGCCGCCGGAGAUCAAGGCCACGCUUGCAGACAACGGGUACGGGCGCAAGGCUGGGAGCCUCGCCAUCAGCAAGCUGCCGCUGCUGGUGAUGAACAAGAUCAUUAUCGAGCACACGCCCAAGGUGCCUUCACAGUCUGAAGCGGACAAGAAGAGGAAGAAAGACACACCACCGGCAGCUGAGGAUGAAGAGUUCUCACUCAUGAAGAGGCAACUGGAUAAGCUGAAUGCGGAGAGCACAAUGCUGCGUCGUGCAGUCGAGGACUUGAGUGCAGAGAUUGGAGCCGGCAAAGGCAAUGAUCGUAAGCUGCCAACAGCAGUGCCACCUCAACAACAUACUUUAGUGUCGAAACCAGAUCGUCAUUUCCACAUAAAUGCGAAGGAAUUGGUAGACAGUGGGACGAAACCGGCCUCAAAUGAAGCAAGUGAGGAGUUGAAGAAGGUGCUUGAGGGCCGACGGAAGUAAGAAGCACCUAGCUAGGGCUUGCUGUUAUUGCAAGCCCUACAAUAUGACAUAGCUGCUGACUAUUGUGUCAGGUUUUGUGGUUAAUAAUAAUACUUCCUCGCUGGAGAAGAUUGCUAAGGGCAGUUUAGCCCCUCGCUGGAGCCUGGAGGCAAGUGAGGUUGCCAUUCGCCAUAGGUGUGGUAGUAAUUUUGCCUCAAUUCUAUUUUCAUUGCUUGUCUUAGGAUAUCCUGUUCUGUAUAAAUUUUCAUAUUUUGAUCUAAAAUGAAUGAUGGAUUAGCUUUUUCAACAGCCCCCUUCGAAGGAUGUGGUAUUAAUCUCA